GAUACACUCGUAUACCUUUGGUCGCUUCAAAGUUCAAACUCCAAUAACAGAAGAAAUCUCCGAAUUCUAAGAGGAAUAAAAGAAUGAGUGUAUGUUCCGGAAACAUCAUUGGUACAUUCUGGAAUCAGUCUUAACAAUACCCUAUAUAUGUGUAAAUCUUGAACGCUUCUUCUGCAUAUCACAUCAAACCCAUAUAUUUUAAUCUCUUCAUAAGUUUUCUGAAUUCAGUUUCUUCAUCCACAAUCUCUUUUUUCUUUCCUUUUCUUUUGUUUGCGAUGGCUGGUAAAGGAGAAGGAUCAGCAAUUGGUAUUGAUUUAGGUACAACAUAUUCCUGCGUAGGUGUAUGGCAACACGAUCGAGUUGAGAUCAUUUCUAAUGAUCAAGGAAAUAGAACUACACCUUCUUACGUUGCUUUUACUGAUACUGAACGUUUGAUCGGUGAUGCUGCUAAAAACCAAGUUGCCAUGAACCCUAUCAACACUGUCUUCGAUGCAAAACGUUUGAUUGGUAGGAGAUGCAGUGACAGUUCUGUGCAGAGUGAUAUCAAGUUAUGGCCAUUCAAGGUCAUUGCUGGACCAGGUGACAAACCCAUGAUCGGUGUAAGUUACAAAGGUGAAGACAAACAGUUUGCAGCUGAAGAAAUAUCUUCCAUGGUUCUUAUCAAGAUGCGUGAGAUUGCUGAGGCUUAUCUUGGUUCCACUGUUAAGAAUGCUGUUGUUACCGUUCCUGCUUACUUUAAUGAUUCACAGCGUCAAGCUACCAAGGAUGCUGGUGUUAUUGCUGGUCUUAAUGUCAUGCGUAUUAUCAAUGAGCCUACAGCUGCUGCCAUUGCUUAUGGUCUUGACAAGAAGGCAACAAGUGUUGGUGAGAAGAACGUUCUUAUCUUCGAUCUCGGUGGUGGUACGUUCGAUGUUUCUCUGCUGACAAUUGAAGAGGGUAUCUUUGAGGUGAAGGCUACUGCUGGAGAUACACAUCUUGGAGGAGAAGAUUUUGAUAACAGGAUGGUGAAUCAUUUUGUGCAAGAGUUCAAGAGGAAGCACAAGAAGGAUAUCACUGGAAAUCCUAGAGCUCUUAGGAGGUUGAGGACGUCGUGUGAACGGGCAAAGCGCACUCUCUCAUCCACUGCUCAAACCACAAUUGAGAUUGAUUCGUUAUACGAGGGUGUCGAUUUUUACACGACUAUUACUCGUGCUAGAUUCGAAGAGUUGAACAUGGAUUUGUUCAGGAAAUGUAUGGAGCCUGUUGAGAAGUGUUUGAGAGAUGCUAAGAUGGACAAGAGUAGUGUUCAUGAUGUCGUGUUGGUCGGCGGAUCCACUAGGAUUCCCAAGGUUCAGUCUUUGUUGCAGGAUUUCUUUAACGGAAAGGAACUCUGCAAGAGUAUUAAUCCCGAUGAAGCGGUGGCGUACGGAGCGGCUGUGCAGGCGGCGAUUUUGAGUGGCGAGGGUAAUGAGAAGGUGCAGGACUUGCUGCUUUUGGAUGUCACUCCUCUCUCGCUUGGUCUAGAAACGGCAGGAGGUGUCAUGACCGUAUUGAUCCCAAGGAACACCACCAUUCCCACAAAGAAGGAACAAGUAUUCUCCACUUACUCGGACAACCAGCCCGGAGUGUUGAUUCAGGUGUACGAGGGUGAGAGAACAAGAACCAGAGACAACAACUUGUUGGGAAAAUUCGAGUUGUCUGGAAUUCCUCCAGCACCUCGUGGUGUUCCUCAAAUCACUGUAUGCUUUGACAUCGACGCGAACGGUAUCUUGAACGUGUCAGCUGAGGACAAGACAACAGGGCAAAAGAACAAGAUCACAAUUACUAAUGACAAGGGUAGGUUGUCUAAAGAUGAGAUAGAAAAGAUGGUUCAAGAAGCAGAGAAGUACAAGUCAGAAGACGAAGAGCACAAGAAGAAGGUGGAGUCGAAGAAUGCAUUGGAGAAUUAUGCUUACAACAUGAGGAACACGAUCAAGGAUGAUACAAUUGGAGGAAAGCUAGCACCUGACGAUAAGAAGAAGAUUGAAGAUGCCGUUGAGAAUGCCAUUCAGUGGUUGGACAGUAAUCAGCUAGCUGAGGCAGACGAGUUUGACGACAAGAUGAAGGAGCUGGAAAGCCUAUGCAACCCAAUCAUCGCGAAGAUGUACCAGCAGGGAGGUGGUCCUGAUAUGGGUGGUGCUGGUGGAAUGGAUGCUGAUGGUCCUGCACCAGGAGCUGGCGGUGCUGGACCUAAGAUCGAGGAAGUCGACUAAAGUGGCAUUUCUUUUAUACUUAAUUAAAUUGAAUCUUCUUUGCAGCAGUUUUUCCUAUGGCGCAUUUUUAAUUUCUGCAGACAUUGUUUUAGUCAUCUGGAGUAGUUAAGGCUAGUGAGUGUGUUUAUUUGUAUUCUUUUUCUUUCGAGGCCGAUAUGAUUGUUACCGUUCACAGUAGGAUUUCCUUGUUCAAUGAAUUUUCCAAUUGUUUAGUAAACAAAAAACAAC